AUGACGAAGGUGGUGAUCGUAGGGGGCGGGCUGGCGGGCCUUUCAGCCGCCUGCGAGCUGCUGGAGCGUGGCUGCAGCGUCGUGAUCCUGGAGAAGAGCCAAAACCUGGGAGGCAACUCCUCCAAGGCCACCACAGGCAUAGCAGCGCCAGGGUGCGAGUUGCAGAAGGCAGAGGGCAUUGCAGACACUGGCGCUGACUUGGUGUCUGUGGAGCCAAUCGCCAAAGACAUGGUUGAGAAAGGCGCCAAGGAUGUGGAUUGGCUCCUGAAUUUGGCUGGGUGCAAGGAUGAGAUGAUGGUUCUUCGUCUCACCCCUGGUCAUAAGAAGAUCGCCCGCACCCUGGGCACCAGGGACCACUUCCCGGGAGCAGUGGUGACAUAUGCCGUGAUGCACCAGCUGGAAACCAUCGCCAAGGCCAAGCCGGACAAGCUGAAGAUUGUGACCUCGGCCACCGUCACCAAGCUAGUUGUGGAAGGCUCCAAGGUGACAGGUGUGGAGUACCAAGCUGGCGGCGCACAGAAAGAGAUGGGGGUGGUCUUGCUGGCAACCGGUGGCUUUGCUGGGGACACCUCACCUGCAUCUUUGCUGGCCCGCUAUGCGCCCCAACUCAUGCAGCUUCCCACCACCAGUGACGAGCGCACCAAUGGGGAUGGACUGAGCAUGGCUACUGAAGUGAAGGCAGCAGUGAAGAACAUGAACAUGGUGUCAGUCUACCCCACUGCCGCUGUGAUUCCUGGCAUGGAGAACGACAAGUUCAAGAUCGUGCUCUCUGAUGCCCUUGUCGGCGCUGGCGGCAAGCUCAUCAGUGUCGAUGGCGCGCAGUUUGUCGACGAGCUGGAGAUUGCACAAAAGCGUGCGGAUGCCAUGGGGCGCACUAAGGGGCCUUUCCGCAUCGUGAUCUCCGAGAAAGAUGUUGAUAGUGUGAAGUGGCUUUGUGACUUCUAUGUAUCGCGAAAUGUCAUGAAGAAGUACAGCAACGCGACGCAGCUGGCUGCCGACAUGCGUGUGCCACCCAACAAGCUCCCCUUUUUCGGCGAUGGCCCAGUGCUAGCUGCUGUUGUCACUCCUGCCACCUACACCUGCGCGGGUGGCUUGGCUGUGGACAAGGGCAAGGUCCUCACCGGCACGGGAGCCCCCAUUGAAGGGCUGUUUGCUGCAGGCGAAGUAACAGCCUGCCCUUGUCCCAACGCGUGGUCCGCUUCUGGUGUGCCCUUGCUCUACUCCAUCUACACGGGGCGACUUGCGGGCGCAAGCGUGGGUACGGCACUGGGGGCCAAGGAGAAGGUCAUCGAUUUGGUUGCCAUCGCAAGCGCGGUGGAAGAAGUCAAGAAAGAGAAGAAGCCGGAAGAUAUGAGACAAAAGACGAGCUCUUGGCUUACUGCAAGGAGCUCGAGUCGCGCCCGGCUGCUGGUCCGGCCGCGCCGGCCGGGCCACCGGGAGUGA